AGCAAAACCACACUAAUCCGUCUCUUUUCUUAUUCUUCAAGUCUCGGCUAUUCUCUCCCGAUUCCCAACUUUUCCUUUUCAGCUCAUCAGUUAUCUGCAACUAGUUUAAUUUGGAGGUAAAAUGGCAACAAUGGAUGUUCCCCAAAAAGGUGGGUUUAGCUUUGAUUUGUGUAGAAGGAAUGAGAUGUUGGUUAGUAAAGGACUUCGUUCUCCUUCUUUUCUCAAGACUGGUACUACCAUUGUCGGAUUAAUUUUUCAGGACGGUGUUAUCCUUGGAGCAGACACACGGGCAACUGAAGGACCAAUUGUCGCAGAUAAAAACUGUGAGAAAAUUCAUUACAUGGCUCCUAAUAUAUAUUGCUGUGGAGCUGGGACAGCUGCUGAUACAGAGGCAGUGACCGACAUGGUCAGUUCCCAGCUGAAGCUUCACAGGUAUCACACUGGUCGUGAAUCCAGGGUUGUGACAUCUCUUACUCUUUUGAAGUCCCACCUUUUCAGCUACCAAGGCCAUGUCUCUGCUGCUUUGGUCCUUGGUGGUGUUGAUAUCACAGGGCCACAUCUGCAUACUAUUUAUCCUCAUGGAUCAACUGAUACUCUGCCAUAUGCUACAAUGGGCUCUGGUUCCCUCGCAGCAAUGGCUAUCUUUGAGUCGAAAUACCGGGAGGGGAUGAGCAAGGAUGAAGGUAUAAAGCUAGUUGCAGAGGCCAUAUUGUCUGGAAUCUUUAAUGACCUUGGUAGUGGCAGCAAUGUCGAUAUCUGUGUGAUAACAAAGGGAAACACGGAGUACUUAAGAAACUAUUUAUCGCCUAAUCCCCGCACCUAUACACAGAAGGGUUACUCGUUCUCUAAAAAGACUGAGGUUCUCCUUACAAAGAUUACACCACUGAGAGAAAUUGUGCAAGUGAUUGAAGGUGGAGACUCUAUGGAAGAAUGACUUGACCUGCAAUGAUAGAAUCCAUUUGGAUUUCUUUAAACUGUUAUAUUGUCAAAAAAUUCCAUGGGUAUUUAAGUGUUGGAAAAGUUUAAAUUGCAAGCUUAAAUGAACUACUCUGUUAUUAGAUGUAGCUUCCAAAGAAAUUCCUCGCUAGAAACUGAAUGAUUGGUUUGAUUUGAAGAAAGGAUUUUGUAGCUUGUGUCGCCCUUGUGCUGUCAAUUAUUUUGAACCACUGCAAUGAUAGAAUCCAUUUGGAUUUCUUUAAACUGUUA